CAUAUAAUGCAAUAAUCUAAUCUAAAUAAUACAAUUUAGUAGAUCCAAAAUGGCAAAAAUCUUGCUCAGAUUCCCUCGCCGCACCUGUCCUUUCCGCCGCCGCGGGUAAGGAUGGAAGGGGGAGAGGAGAGAAACAUGGAGGGGCGGAACAGCAGCAGGAAGAAGAAGAGCGACUCCGCCGAAGAGGUCGCAGGCGACAAGUCGAAGAAGAAGAAGAAGAAGCAACAGCAGCAGCAGCCGAUCAAGGUGGUGUACAUCUCGAACCCCAUGAAGGUGAAGGCCACCGUCGACGAGUUCCGCUCCGUCGUCCAGGGGCUCACCGGCCGGGACUCCGACCUCGAGUCGUCCCUCUCCAAAUACGGCGACGACGGGCCCCCUGAACUGCCGGAAGCGGUGGCGUGCGACGGCUCCGCCGGCGCGGAUCUGAGCGGGGAAGCAUCUGCGAAGCAAGUGGGGGAGUACGACCACUUCGACGACGACGACGAGGAGUUGCCGGAGUUCUUGCCCUCUCCGCCGGCUUACUUUGAGCUACAAGUUGGUUGAUUUUGAGAGCUGGAAAAUUAUUUUCUCAGAAUCUAAGAAAAGUGCUGGUUACUUCAGCAGAGUCUCUCUUCCAGAAUAUAAUGUUCCUCGAGAGCAACAAGAAAUGGAAAUUCAAGCUAACAUCUUUGCUUUUGGAGUAGUUUUACUGGAAAUAAUCAGUGGAAGACCUCCAUAUUGCAAGGAAAGAGGGUGUAUGAUAAAUUGGGUAAGAUGCAUAUUUGAAAAUAUUUGAUACUCAAAAACAGCAUCAGCUUCUUGUAACAGAUACUGAGGGCAUAAACCCAAAUUUGUUCUUAUUUCCUACAAACUUCCGAUAAUCAUUUGUUU